GUUUACUUGUUCGGCUUCGAGAUUGGAUAUUACAGAAGGUUGGCGAAGAUUGGAUAUUUCUUGCCUUGUUAGGCAUUAUAAUGGCAAUCCUUAGUUUUGCUAUGGAUUAUGUUAUUGAAAAAAUGCAAGAGGAAAAAAAGAUGCUGAAUACGCACACACAUGGUGCCUGGAAACAACUAAUCAGAUGCUAAAGGGUUGUGAUUUUCUGAAACUGUGCUCUAGGGGACAAUAUUUAUUGUAAUUCUAGACACCAGCUAGAUUAUGUAUGAAAUUGUAUAACUAACAGCAAAGGAUUUCUACAGCAAAAAUCUGGUUGUAUGAAGAGUGCUCAUUUUCAUUAACUUUACAGUACUUCUGUUGGGUGAUGUACUCCUUGCUGCUGAUUACAUUUGCCACAGGAUUUACUCACCUUGUGUCUCCACAAGCAAUAGGUUCAGGGAUUCCAGAAAUGAAAACUAUACUACGAGGGGUUGUGUUAAAAGAGUUUUUAACUUUUCGAACACUUAUAUCUAAAGUUGUUGGGUUGUGUUCAUCAUUAGGCAGUACUUUGCCAUUUGGAAAAGAAGGUCCAUUUGUACACAUUGCCAGUAUUGUAGCCAACUUACUGGGAAAAUUAUCAUCAUUUAAAGGCAUUUAUGAGAAUGAAUCUCGUCGGUCAGAGAUGCUGGCUGCAGCAUGUGCUGUUGGGGUUGCAGGGACAUUUGCAGCACCUAUAGGGGGAGUAUUAUUCAGUAUAGAGGUAACAGCGACAUACUUUGCUGUGAGGAAUUAUUGGCGGGGUUUCUUCGGAGCUGUUUGUGGAGCAGUUGUGUUCAGGUUGUUGGCCUUUUGGUUUAAGUAUGAAGAAACAUUGACAGCGCUGUUUAAAACUAACUUAAAAACAGAUUUCCCUUUUGAUCCAUUGGAAUUGCUUGCAUUUUCAUUUAUAGGGAUAGCCUGUGGUUUAAUUGGUGCCUUGUUUAUUUUAACACAUCGAAGAAUUAUUUUGUUUACAAGAAAACAUAAAAAGAUGUCAGCAUUUUUGCAGAAAAAUCGAUUUAUAUACCCUGGCCUGGUUGCCAUUGUGAUAUCUUCCACUACUUUUCCUCCAGGGCUGGGACAGUACUUUGCAGGAGAGUUAACACAUAGACGAGCUGUAGAUGAAUUGUUCAGCAAUAUAACAUGGACGACGGGUCAGGCUGAUGACUUAGAUGAGGAAGAAGUUCUCAGUCACUGGAAACAUCCGGACACAAAUAUAUAUGCUAGCCUUGUUAUAUUUAUCAUUAUGAAUUUUUGGAUGGCUGCCAUAUGUAAUACAUUACCUAUCCCGGCUGGAGUGUUUGUACCAGUGUUCACCAUAGGAGCAGCAUUUGGUCGUCUGAUUGGAGAAAGUAUGGCAGCCUGGUUUCCUAAUGGAGUGAAAUCAGGGGAUGUGAUACAUAAAAUAGUACCUGGAGGAUACGCUGUUGUAGGUGCUGCAUCAUUGUCUGGUAGUGUAACUAGGACCAUAUCAACUUCUGUGAUAGUGUUUGAGCUGACUGGUCAGAUCUCACACGUUCUUCCUGCUGUGAUAGCUGUUUUAAUAUCAAAUGCUGUGGCGAAUUUGUUCCAGCCGUCAUUUUAUGAUAGUAUUAUAAGACUCAAAAGAUUGCCUUAUCUGCCAAGCAUUGUAUCUUCAAAAGUUGAUUCCUGGAAUGUGUAUGUGGAAGACAUCAUGAUAAAACAAGUGCAGCUCAUAUCAUUUGUGUCAACAUACAAGGAACUUCAUGAUUUACUCGAGAACACAAAGUUUAGAACAUAUCCACUUGUUGACUCAAAAGAUUCUAUGAUUCUACUUGGCUCUGUGAAAAGGUUUGAGUUAGAGAGGAUGUUGUGGGUACAUCUUAGUCAGGAACAGAAAGUUGUCAUGCCAGAAGAUGAGGAUGUUGCAUCAACACCGGGAUCCAGUCGUGCCCCCACCCCACCACCCAGAUUUGAGUUUAUUCCUGAGAAACCAAAGUCGAGGUUCAAGGUUUCAAAAGUGGAUGAGACUGUGAAGCCGGGGAAAAAACGAUCAGCAUUUUCCAUUGCUAGAUCAUCUAGUGCUAGUUCAUUAGAGGAUUUAUCCAAGUUGGAGAGAGAGAACCGAACAUAUCAUACAUUAAACCUUCCACUCCGGUCUAUACUGAAACAAAGCAACAGUGGUAGAACUUCUCCAUCCAUGCCUAAAUCUUCCAGUUAUUCUGAUUUGCAAGCGGGUAUAGACAAGCAUUUCAGAAAGUUGUCACAUCAACAUGCAGAUAGCAUAGCUGAGGAUAUCCCGUUUGUUUUAGAUAAAAACAAUAUACAAGCACUGACGAAAAAAGUAAAAUUGCCUCCAGAACCAGUCAAAGUCAAUACACUGCCAGUUGAUCAGGAGGUCCUUGCUCAACAACGUCUAGAGGCAUGGGAACAGAAUCAGCUGAUGAAGGUUAUUGACUGGGAAGGUUGCCAGAUAGAUCCUGCUCCAUUCCAGCUAGUCGAGAGAACUUCAUUACAUAAAGUCCAUUCCUUAUUUUCAUUACUGGGGUUGAACCAUGCUUAUGUCACCAAUACAGGAAGGCUGGUUGGAGUUGUGGCUUUGAAAGAGCUUCGGCAUGCUAUCCAAGGUCACAUAGAUGAACAAGCAGAGAGAAAGAAGAAGUUUAAGCCUCAAAGAAAACCUAGUGAGGAAUAUUCUGAUUCUGAAGAUGAACUUGAUGACCCCCAGCAACUUCAGGUUGAGCACUCAGAUGAACCAGACGGAUAUAGACUGGUUAACAGAUUUAAUGUAAAAUUGAAUGAUGAAAACGAAAAUGUGAACCAGUCUUCUCAGGUGUGAAUAAAUGGGCCUGUCUGAUUGGCUAAAAAUAUCAGAUGCAAAAGAUUGUAAUGAACAAAGGGUGAAAAGAUAUUAUUGUAUUAAUGUCAACGAAUCAAAGAUAUUUCAAGUGUAACUGUGCAAUACUGAUUUUUCAGAAGUGUUCAAACAAAACUUAUCUUCCAAAAUGUGGUUUGAUUUUCAGUUUUACGUUAUAAAAUAAUAAAGAAGAUAAUGUUAAA